UUACCGUCUGUGUGUUUAUCACAGUAAUGUCAGUCGUGGUUGGUGUGUGGAGGAAGUGAGACCGGUGUGGCUGCGGGCUGUGGGCGGUGCACAGCCUCAGUCUGACGGCUCCUCUUCAGUCAGUCGGUGUGGAGGAGAGCGAACGGAGCGGAGCUGCGCACCGGCACCGGGAUCCUUACCACACAUAUACGGCAGCAAGACCACAACCGACCGACCGGCAGGCAGCAGCGGAGCAGCAUGGAGCUGUGAGUGCUGUGGGCUGACCGGGACCUGCUCCCCAAAAAUCACCGAUUCGUAUAUUUACCCCAUCUGCGAGCUUUUUUUACCCCCCAACAUGGAGACUACAGUCUGCUGGUUUCUGCUGGCUGCACACUUCAUCCUCAUCUGUCCACAAGCUGAAGGAUAUGCAUACAGAAAUCAACGCAAGUUCUCAGAAGACAUCGACUGGUCGUACGCAGGAACAUUAAACCAAAACAACUGGGCCAAGAAGUAUCCAUCCUGUAGCAACGCCAAGCAGUCUCCCAUCAACAUCGAGGAGAACCUGGCUCAGGUGAAGCUGCAGUACCAGAAACUGAAGUUUGAAGGCUGGGAGCACCUGACAACCGACAGGACGACCAUCAAGAAUGAUGGCAAGACAGUUGCGGUCAAUGUGGAUGGAGACUUUUAUGUCAGCGGAGGUGGUCUCAGGUCAAAGUUCAAGGUUGGACGCAUCACCUUCCACUGGGGGCGCUGCAAUGCGUCUUCAGACGGCUCUGAACACAGUCUGGAUGGAGUCAAAUACCCUCUAGAGAUGCAGAUCUACUGUUAUGAGGCGCAUCACUUUGACUCUUUAGAUGAAACCAUCAAGGCCGGAGGCAGAAUCACAGCACUCGCUGUGCUGUUUGAGACGAGCCAAGAAGAGAACGUGAACUACGCUGCCAUCAUAGACGGUAUUAACAGUGUGAGCAGAUACGGUAAGAGUGCUGAGCUUUUACCCUUCACCCUGCGAGGUCUCCUGCCGAACUCCACAGAGAAAUACUUCAUCUACAACGGCUCUCUGACCACGCCGCCCUGCAGCGAGACUGUCGAGUGGAUCGUCUUCAAGAACACAGUGACCAUCUUUGACGAACAGCUGGAGAUGUUCUGCGAGGUAAUGACGAUGCAGCAGGCCGGAUAUGUGAUGCUGAUGGACUACUUGCAGAACAACUACAGGGAGCAGCAGCGGCAGUUCAUGGGUCAGGUGUUCUCCUCCUACACCGGCACGGAGGAGGUCCUCACACCAGUGUGCAGUUCAGAGCCGGAGAACAUCCAGGCGGCUCCCCACAACCUCAGCAGCCUGCUGGUGACUUGGGAGCGGCCCCGGGCGGUCUACGACGCAAAUAUAGAGAAAUACUCUGUCAGCUACCGACUGGCCAACGAAGAAAACACCGCCCCCACUAUAUACCUGACUGAUGGAGACCAGGAUGUGGGGGCGAUACUCGAUGACCUAUUAGCCAACACCAGCUACGUGGUCCAGGUGGUGGCGGUCUGCACCAACGGUCUGUACGGACGUGUGAGCGACCUGGUGACAGCCGUCAUGCCCAUCGACGACCCCGAAAAUGCACUGGAUCCUGAUUCAGAUGAAUUUGACACUGACAGCAACUAUGAACCUGAUCUGUCUUGGAAUGAACCAGUCCAAACUGAGGUUUACGAUCAGGCCUGGAUUCCUACAAACUCACCAAAGACCACAACUUCUGGAUCACGUAUUUUACCUCUACCAGGCAUCAGAAGUACGACAGCAGAAUCUGGUUGGAGAGAAACCACCACUGAUCAGGUUCCCAGGGUCAGGUCCACCGAGUAUGGUCAAGUCCUGAGCCAUUCUGAAGAGACAACACACCACAGUACCUCCACACAGCCACCAGAGGUCACCCUGUCACCAGAAACCAAAGUGCUGACUUCAGUGGAAAAUGUCGCCUUGCCCGUCCCUACAACAACAACAACUACCAAAGAAGUCUUCAUUUCCACUUCCACUACUCCCUUGUACUCCAAUACAAAGACAGUUCUUGGAGGCAUCAGUCCAAAAGACUUAGUAAAAACAGAAGAUGUUGGUAGUACCACUACUCCUACAUUCACCGGUGCAGAGACAAAAGGUGGUAAAAGUAUUUCUUCAUACAGCACCACCAUGACCACAAUGAGAUCUCAUAACAUCGACAUGAGUAGCACAACAACAUCGUCAUCUUUCAUCCAGGCUGAGACAGACCAAAGCCUAGUGGGUUCCAUAAAUGAAGACACCACCACUGAUGGAGCCGUGUCCAUUGGAUCCGGAGGUCUUCCAGAGAUCCAGGCUGAAACUUCAACCUCCCAACCUUCCUCCUCAAGUGAAGCUGUUCCACGUAGGCCCACAAGUCCCAGCAUGCCUUAUUUUUCAUCUACCACGACUUCUGUCCGGUUGAGUGGCGUUGUCUUGCAGACCACGCAGUCAGUGUCCAAUGGUGAGAGCCCCUUUGUCCUCCCUCCCUCCUCCUCCUCUUUCGCCUCCUCCCCUCUGUGUGACACUGCGGACCCCAACGCCACCCCCUUCACCUGCCUGCAUGACCCUCCCUCCUCGUCUUGGCCUGUGUUGUCUGCCUCUGCAUCGGACUCUCAGCAUGCCGCUACCGCAAUGCUGGCUAGCAAAGACCCAGCUCCCCCUUCAACCCCCACGCUUUCUGCCUCUACUUUGCCUCACCUCCCUCACCCCUUGCACCCUCUGUCUAGUUGGGAGACUAAUCCAGUCUCUCCUGGUGUUGGGUUCAAUGAUAAUGAUAGUGAUGGUGAUUUGUUGUCUGGGUCUUCGUCGGACUCUUCAGGUGACCCCUCAGUAUUUAGCGAUACCCCUCCUCUCCUAAUGUAUCCAUCUGGCAUCGCUGUCACUGCCGAACCAUCUGAAUCCUCCUGGGACCCGUCACUCUCAACAGUGUCUUUCAGCCCCACCCUCCAACCUUCAGUUCUCCUCUCUAGUGACUUCACCCUUUCUGGCACUACUCCAGGUUUAUCCCAUUCUUUCUCAGCUGGGUUUGAGGACUCAAGGUAUGCUAUGGGGAACACAAUAGAGUCUAUUCUCCCUGAGGUCAGCGGUGAUGGGUUUCCAUUAGCUAGUGACGUGGACUCCAUGUGCGGCUGUUCUCUGGAGCCGUCGGUGUCCUCAUCCUGGUUGCAUGCCUCUCCUCAUGUGCCCCUGCCAUCCUCAGCUUGGGAUUCUGCUAGUUUAGAACCUUACUCUAGCAUUGGCUUCCCGCCGGCGUCUGGUGGUGCUAUAGACAAUCUUCUACACUCUCUGUCUGUGACAGGUUCCGAUGGUCUAUCAUUAGAUGAUCCUCUGCUCUCCCAUAGCACUAUUUCUCCCUCAUCAUCCUCUUCACACUCCCAAGUCACCUAUAGUGACCUCCCCAUUUCUGUUGCAGCCACAGCGUCUGCCAUCAGGAAUCCCUGGUUCUCGGCAUCAGACGGGAACUCACAAACCUCUACACUCUCUUCCUCCCCCUCAGCCUCCCCCUUCAGCCCUACCCCAGAAGGGCAAGCAUUAGACACUAGCAGCAGUGCCUCUGGCUCGGCCCUGUUCCCUGACUCCCUGGAGGGUGUAGAUCAGGAGUGGGACAGGGUUCAAACCUCAGCCUCUGGAGAGAGUGUUUCUCCUUAUUCAACCAAAGUCACUAGCACCAUUCCACCAUCUACGACCUCUGAGUCAGGUCAAACCCCUGAUGAUUUGGAUGAACGCUCCUCAGCAUUCUAUUUUGAAAGUGAGAGUGGUAGUGCCACCACCUUGGAGGUAGGAGACACAGUGAUGCCAACCAUUCCUCCGGUAACCUCGGCUUCACCCUGGUCGCUGGGUGGGGAGGAGGACAGCGGCUCAGGGCAGGGUGAUAGCCUGUACGACAACGAGACGUCCUCUGACUUCAGUAUCUCCGAUCGCACAGAAAGAGAGUCGGAGGAAGAGGAGCCUGUCGCAGCGACAGAGCUCAUGAAUGCCGUGCUUUUGGACACAUUUCGCUUGUCAGAGCAUCUUUUAAAGCACAAUGCCAGUAACAGCAGCCAUGAGUCGAGAGUUGGUUCGAUAAGGGAGAGAGAGAGGAAGGCUGUGGUUCCUCUGGCCGUCAUCUCCACCCUUACUGUCUUCGGCCUGAUCGUCCUCAUCAGUAUCCUCAUCUACUGGAGGACCUGUUUUCAGACAGCUCACUUCUACAUUGACGACAGCUCAUCACCAAGAGUCAUCGCUGCACCGCCUACUGCUGCAUUAUCAUCUGAGGAAACAGCUUUUCCAGUGAAGGAGUUUGUGAAACACGUGGCCGAGCUUCACAACACCAAUGGCUUCCAACAAGAGUUUGAGCUACUGAAGGAGAGUUACGAGGAGGUUCAGGCGUGUACGGUGGACAUGGGGAUGACAACUGACAGCUCCAACCAUCCUGACAACAAGACUAAAAACAGAUACAGCAACAUCCUGGCCUAUGACCACAGCCGGGUCCGACUCGCGCCACAGGCAGACAAAGAUGGGAGGACGAGGGAUUACAUAAACGCAAACUUUGUGGAUGGAUUCAAGAAGCCACGUUCAUACAUCGCUGCUCAGGGUCCUCUGAGGUCGAGCACUGAGGACUUCUGGAGGAUGGUUUGGGAGCAAAAUGUGUGCAUCAUCGUCAUGAUUACCAACCUGGUGGAGAAGGGAAGAAGGAAGUGUGAUCAGUACUGGCCGGCGGAGGUGCACGAGGAGUACGGCAGCUACCUGGUGACAGUGAAGAGUAGCAGAGUGUUCGCCUACUACACCCAGAGGACUUUCACUGUCAGAAACACCCACACCAAAAAGGGCUCCCAGAAGGGACGGAGCAACGAACGGACGGUGACACAAUACCAUUACACCCAGUGGCCCGACAUGGGUGUCCCAGAGUACGCUCUUCCUCUGCUUAGCUUCGUCCGCAAGUCAUCUGGAGCCAGGAUGAACGACACGGGGCCAAUGGUGGUACACUGCAGCGCAGGCGUCGGCCGGACGGGUACAUACAUCGUCCUGGACAGCAUGCUGAAGCAGAUAAAAGACGAGAACACUGUCAACAUCGCGGGAUUCCUCAAACACAUCCGCACGCAGAGGAACUACCUGGUUCAGACAGAGGAACAAUAUGUUUUUAUCCAUGAUGCCUUGGUGGAAGCCAUCUUAUCCGGAGAGACAGAGGUGAUGGCGGCUCACCUGCACAGGUACGUGGAUGAGCUGCUGAUCCCGGGGCCUGCUGGGAGGACGCACCUGGACAAACAAUUCAAGCUGGUUUGUCACUCUGGAGUCAAGCAAUGCGAUUACUCUGUAGCUUUGCAGGACUGCAACCGCAGCAAGAACAGAAACUGCUCUGUGAUACCUGUUGAGAGGUCGAGAGUGCGCCUGUCUACGACGGCCGGAGAAACGUCAGACUACAUUAAUGCUUCUUACAUCACAGGUUACAGGCAGAGCAAUGAGUUCAUCAUCACCCAGAAUCCUUUGCCUGACACCAUAAAGGACUUCUGGAAGAUGAUUUGGGAUCACAACGCCCAAGUCAUUGUAUCACUGUUGGGGACAGCGUCACCCGAGAUGGAGGAGGAAGCAGAGCUGUCUGCUGCUUGGCCCCGUAAAGGACAGCCCAUCAGCUAUGAGAUGUUCACUGUCACUCAGAGGACUGAGAAUCACAUCUGUCUGGCCAACGAGGACAUGCUGGUGGUCCAGGACUAUGUACUGGAAGCUACACAAGAUGACUACGUUCUGGAGGUGAAACAUUACCGUGCCCCCCGCUGGCCAAACCCAGACAGUCCCAUGAGCAACACCUUUGAGCUCCUCAACCUGGUGAAAGAGGAGAGUGCUGCUAAGGACGGCCCCACUGUGGUCCACGAUGAUGUGGGUGGAGUCACGGCAGGAACCUUCUGCGCUCUGUCGUCUCUGACUUGCCAGCUGGAGGCUGAAGGUUCAGUUGAUGUCUUCCAAGUGGCCAAGCUGACAAAUCUCAUGCGACCAGGAAUCUUCAGUGACAUUGAGCAGUACCAGUUCCUGUACAAAGCCAUGCUGAGUCUCAUUGGGACACAAGAAGACAAGAAAACCCUCCAGUCCUCUGACAACAACGGUACCAUCGUGGUGGGAACUGCCAGUACUGCAGAGAGCCUUGAGUCCCUGGUGUAACCACCACAAAAAACCCACAAAGAACUUUAACUUUCACAAAAGAGCAACAGCAUUUUGUCUUUCCUCUUCAACCCCCAACAGAACUUCUCCUGAUGCCAGACUCAUGCUACAAGUACUAAAUCGUCGUUGUUCAGGACUCCUGUGUUGUAGUUUGAGGCUGGCACGUACCGAAUGAGUUUCUAUUUCGCUGGAUCUGGACUCCCCUUUUGUAAUGUGUGCCUUUUUGUAUUUUUCAUCCUGUACUUCUAACUUUGAUACAAGUUGUAGACUAACUGUCCGAUGUUUUAACACUGUACUGUCCUAAGACGUUUCAUUCAACUAACAAACUUUUCCUAGACCUUUGUAUUUAUUGGCACUGAGCCAAAUGGGGAAAAAAGGGAAAAAAUUGCAUCUUUUUACAUCAAAUGAGAUAUUUUGUUAGCUUGUCUUUUAUAGAGCUCCUGCACUGAACUCCUUUCUGUAAAUACCAUCACAACGGUAGCAGCAGUGUGCUAUUGAAGUCAAAUAUAAAAUAAGGGCCUGGAAUAAUAAAAAUAAUAAUCUAAUGUAAAUAAUAUUAUAGUAAUCAACUUGAUGGACCAAAUUUCUAUUUAUACUUUUAGAUUUUUAUAUUUUACCAUUUUUAGUGCAUUCAAAUGUUAUGGUUUAAUUCUAAUUGCUUAGUUGGAGAACAUUAAUGCUUUUAUAUUCUGGAUUUUGUAACAGACUAAAUGUGAUGCAUGGGGUCCUGACAUGUUUGUUUUUUAGCUGGACAUAAACCACAGCUGGAUUAUUAGCUAGGGGAUUAAAUAAGUGGAAGAACACCAAA